GUGAAACCAACAUGGCCGCCUAUUAUGGUUGUGUACUUUGAAGGUUGCCGGCACAGUUCGUGGGUAUUAGGGUUUUAAAAGAAUAUAUUAAAUAUGUUGGGCUUGACAAUGAGAGAAGUGUCACAGGCCAUGAGGGAGGGAAGCAUGUCUCCCACGGAGCUGUGCAGAAGGUGCCUGGAGCAGGUGAAGAGCACCUCCUAUCUGAACGCCUACAUCACGGUGGCUGAGGAGCAGGCUUUGCGGCUGGCACAGGAGUCAGAAGUCAGAUUUCUUAAAGGGAAACCCAAAGGCCCCCUGGAUGGGAUCCCUUUCUCAGUCAAGGACAACUUCUGCACGGAGAACGUGGAGACCACAUGUGCCUCACGCAUGCUGAAAGGCUACCGUCCUCCUUACACCGCCACCAUUGUUCAGAAGCUCCUGGACCAAGGGGCCGUCCUGAUCGGAAAGACUAAUUUGGAUGAGUUUGCAAUGGGGUCCGGCAGCACCGACGGUGUGUUUGGCCCAGUGCAGAACCCCUGGAGCUAUUCGGUGCAGUACCGGGAACGGGCCGGAGCUGAUGCGGGCUGGGCGAUCGCCGGUGGCAGCUCUGGGGGGAGUGCAGUCGCUGUGGCGGCCCAGACCAGCUUCCUUGCCCUGGGCUCCGACACGGGGGGCUCCACGCGUAACCCGGGGGCGCUAUGUGGAGUGGUGGCGCUGAAGCCUACCUACGGCCUGCUGUCCCGCCACGGCCUCAUUCCCCUGGUCAACUCCAUGGACGUGCCGGGCAUCCUGACCCGGAGCGCCAGCGACGCGGCCACCGUCCUGGGUGUCCUCCAAGGCUUGGACAAGAAGGACUCCACGACGAUUCCUCCCCCAGCCACGCCCACCCACCUGCCCGAAGAAAUUGACAUCAGGAAGAUCCGUGUCGGCAUACCCCAGGAAUACCACGCCCCGGGUCUGUCCGCAGAGACGCUGUCCCAGUGGAGUCGUGUUGCCGACCUGUUUGAGCGGGAGGGAGCCUCGGUGGAGACCGUGUCCCUCCCCAACACCCAGCACUCCAUCGUCUGCUAUCACGUGCUCUGCACAGCGGAGGUGGCCUCCAACAUGGCGCGCUUCGAUGGCCUGGAGUACGGUCACCGCAGCUCACUGGAGGAGUCCACGGAGGCCCUGUAUGCUGCCACGCGACACGAGGCCUUUAACGACGUCGUCCGCCGCAGGAUCCUGGCAGGAAACUUCUUCCUGCUGAAGAGGAACUAUGAGUUGUACUUCAUGAAGGCGCAGAAGGUGCGGCGCCUGAUCACGCAGGACUUUGCGCGGGUCUUUCACGGGGGUGUGGACGUGCUGCUGACCCCAACGACGCUGACCGAUGCUGCGCCGUACCGCGAAUUCAUCCAGGAGGACAACCGCACACGCAGCACCCAGGAGGACGUCUUCACCCAGCCCGCCAACAUGGCAGGUCUCCCGGCCGUCACUGUGCCCACAGCGCUGUCCAGUCGGGGCCUCCCCAUCGGCCUGCAGCUGAUCGGACCGGCUCUGCAGGACACCAGGCUCCUGGCCCUGGCUGCCUGGCUGGAGAAGAGGCUGUGCUUUCCACGCUUGGAGCUGCCCGGGACGUGGGCGGAGCCCGGAGAUGUGGGUGUGGCACAAGGACUUGAGGGCACCCUCCAGGGGCACACCUGAGGACAACAGGGACGCGGCGGCUGGUCUGUACGGUGCCCCAGCGGAGAGGAGCCGAGUGCCAGGUGGCAGGUGGGGGGUUCAGCGCUGGCCCGAUUUUGAAGCAUAUCGGAUGGCAUCAUAUAUGUGAUAUUAAAGAGCAGAAACUGCAGCGGGCACUGCCGACCUACAGGGGGAGCCAGCUGGCAUCUGGGCUGGUGGGCGGGACGCAGUCCUGCAGGGAGUCGGGGUCGAGGUGACCCUGCCGUCCCACAAUGCCUUGGGAUACUCUUUCAGCUCUGCCUGCUUGCUCUUAUUAAAUAAAAUAACGAUGGAUCAUA